ACGCGUCAGGUGACCUCGCCGAUGUAAGACCGAGGGCUGUCUGCAAACCAAGCUAUAGCUUACCCUACUCCGUUCCUCUUUGCAGCUCCUCUGUGCCGGCGGUCCCAACAUGAGCGGUAGAGGGAUGUUAUGCGGUGGGACCUCCGCCACCAGGCCCGCCACGGCUGAGAUCCAGGCCAUCGCCGACGAGGUGAAGUCCCAGCUGGAGGAGAAGGAAAACAAGAAGUACGCCCUUUUCAAGGCGGUGGAGUACCAGAGCCAGAUGGUCGCGGGGGUCAACUACUUCAUCAAGGUUCAAGUUGAAGAUGAUGCCUUCGUCCAUAUUCGAGUGUUUCAAAGUCUCCCCCAUGAAAAGAAGCCCUUGGCCUUGCACAACUACCAGACCAACAAGACCAGGCAGGACGAGCUGGCCUAUUUCUAGUUCUGGACUUUGGACUGAGCCCGUUGUCCAACAUGGUCUCCUGUCCUCUUUGAUUACGUAUCUGCAGGCAUCAGUGAUCGAUGUCACUACACUGUGCCACUUCCAUGGAGGGCUGCCCCGCACCAAGCUGGUGUCUCUGCUUCUGGCUUUAAUAGUAUGAAUGUUCUCUCAGUCAAUGGUCUUAACUAAAUUGCUUUCAAGGAGAGCUUAUGUAAGCUCUAAAUACAUAUAUUUUAAAGUCUUUGCAAAUUUU